AUGGAUUCCAAGCCGGUGUUUUUGCUAUCCUUUGUGAUAGCUAUUGCUGCUUAUGUGCAGUGGAAACUUAUCAAACUUCUCCUGGGGCCUUACGUCUCCAGCCUGCGGUACUUACCCGGCCCGACAUCUCGUAGCUGGCUCCUGGGCAACUUGCAACAAGUCCAUGAGUCUUCAGAUUGGAUGCAACGAUUUGGGGAUACAUUCAAAUUCAAGGGACUGUUAAAUUCGGAUGUACUUUUCACGAUCGACUUGAGAGCCCUCCAUCACAUACUAAACAACAUCACUGCUUACUCUAAGCCAGAGGUGUAUCGACUGAACGUCUCAGCGUUCGUUGGAGAAGGUUUGCUACUGGCUGAAGGCGAGCAGCAUGGACAACAGCGAAGAGUUAUGAACCCUGCGUUUGGCCCUGCCCAAAUCAGAGACCUGACGGGAAUUUUCGUACAGAAAUCAAUCGAGCUCACACAAUUUUGGCAAUUGCAUAUCGGCAAACAUGGAGAAACCGCACGAAUCGACGUAUUGGACGGAUUAUCUAAGAUGACCUUGGAUGUCAUAGGGCUUGCCGGAUUUGGCUAUCAUUUCAACUCCUUGAGCCCCGACGGCAAAGAAACCGAACUGAACGAAGCCUUCAACACAAUAUUCGGAUCCGGGGCUAACGACGCUUCUCUGUUCAAGCUUUUCAGACUGCUGUUUCCCCUGGUACAGCAUUUACCGGUACCUGGAGCGAGGGAAGUCAACAAGGCACGCAGAAUCAUGCGCAGAAUCGGCAUGCAUCUCGUUCGUGAACGGAAGGAUAACAUUUUAAGUAGCGCUGUUGUCAAUAAGCGCGGCGGACUUGAUCAGCGUGACCUCCUCACCCUCCUCACCAAGGCCAACACGGACGCGAGCGUUCCGGAGAAUCAAAGCCUAUCUGACGAGGCCAUCAUAGCGCAGAUACCUACUUUUCUGGUUGCAGGUCAUGAGACCACGAGCAACACAACGGCAUGGGCCCUUUACGCACUCAGCAUAGAGUGCGACAUGCAGACGAAGCUGCGUGAAGAGUGUCUCGCUCUAUCUACCGACAAUCCGUCUAUGGAUGACCUCAACAAGCUUCCGUACCUCGAAGCCGUCGUUCGCGAAACACUCCGUCUCCAUCCUCCUCUCAAUUACGUCUUGAGGGAGGCGACGAAGGAUGAUAUCAUACCGCUCAGUAAACCUUACAUCGAUGUACAUGGGAAGAUUCACGACCAUGUGAAGAUUGAUAAGGGGACCAUGAUACAGAUCCCCAUACUGGCCGUGAAUCGCUCGAAGGCCAUAUGGGGAGAGGAUGCACUAGAAUUCAGGCCAGAGCGUUGGGACAAUGUGCCUGAGGCGGCUCAGAAAGUCCCCGGAACGUGGGGGAACACGAUGACCUUCCUCGGGGGCCCACGAGCCUGCAUAGGCUAUCGGUUCUCUCUCGUUGAGAUGAAAGCGCUGAUCUUCACGCUCAUCCGGGCGUUCGAAUUCGAGCUGGCCGUUCCCUACGAAGACGUGGUGAGGCAGAACGCAGCCGUCCAGCGGCCAAUCCUUCGCAACGCGAUGGACAAGGGUAGCCAGCUACCGAUGCUUGUGAGACCUUACCAGAAGACGUAGUGGUCCAAGCUGAGCCAGGCUGACCCGGAGCUGGGGACUUCUUGCUACAGCCUCGUACUUUACUACUCCGAGUGCACGCUAUUCGGAUUAACACCGCCUUUUGAAAGUGUGCCCGGGAGGAUCUCUUCAAGUAGAAACUAACUUCCGCUCUUCGCCUCUUCGUGCUCCUCGCUUGUUUGUAAUCCCUUUUAUUGUAAGUUGAGGGCGAAGCCUAGUAUGGAGACUCAAACCAUGCACAUGUACUAUACUACUUAGGUUCGAGGCGAAGGUGUCUAGC